AUGGCUCUGGUGCUUGGUCCACUUGAGACCCCGCCAGGCCCUAAGUGCCUCAGCUCGCAGUGCUACUUCCACGUGCUGCUGAAGCCGUUGGCGGCUCCAGUCGGCUUCUCCGCCGCCCGCGCAGCUGCCGCGCUGGGGGGCGGCCUGGGCGCAGGCGUGCGGUCCGCGGGCGGCGCAGGGUCCCGCGCUCGAGGCCGAGGACGUGCUGGCGGCGGUGCGGGCUCUUUUGAGCGCUGGAUGGAAGGGCAGCUGCACACCCUUCUGCAGCACUUGGUGGCUCCCGGAGAGUACCCCCGGUGUCUGGUUCAACUGACAGUCAUGAUUCUUCAGGACGACGGCGCCGUGGAGAGUGUAUGCAUCAACGCCGCUCUGGCUGCGCUCAUCGACGCGGGCAUUGCCCUGCGGUUCAGAGCCUGGUCGGCGACGCUGGUGCGACUUAACCGCGACGCCUGCGUAGCGCACAGUGCCGGACGCGCAACUGCGGCGGAGUCGCCGAGCGCGUCUCACGCGGUGGGCGAGCACUCCGGCGCGCCGGAACCCAACUGCAGUGGCGGCGGACGCGCUGCCGCCGCCGGGGAGGGCGAGUGGAGGAUUGAUCCGUGCAGCGAGGAAGAAGACGAGAGACGGAAAGAGGCGGCCCUCUGUCUGGUUCUUGAGCCGCAAACGGGAGACCUGGUGAGCAGCUUUUUCGAGCGAAGCAUCGGGAGCAGUGCGGCGAUUCGCAGCGCCGCAGACGGGGCGAGCGUCAGCGGCCGCAGUCGCAGCGGGCUCGCGGUUGCCGGGGCUGGCCUCGCUUGCCCCGGAGGCGGUUUGUGGGGUGCUGGAGCAGAUCAGGGGGGGGGAAGGCUCCAGGGAGACGAUGCUGGCGACUGCCUCCUGCGUGCACUCGCUGCCAGCCGCCACGUCGACGCCUGCGUGCGGGAAGCCUUCAGAGUCAAAAUGGAGACUCCCUUCCAAAUGUUUCAGCAAAACAACUUCUGGUGGAAAAGCUCCGUCGAGGACGAAGUUGACAUGGAAGACGAGUGA